UGGUUUCUCAGAAAUUCCAUUUGACGUGAAUUGAUUACUUACUCGCCAUCCCGGCUUUUCUCACUAUAAUUUAAUAGUUUAUCAGUUAUUAUUUUCCACAUUUUUUGCUAGGAGUGACCAAAAAUCGCCGAUAUGGCUGUCCGCACGUACGGAGAUAAACCGAUUAGUUUUCAAAUCGAGGAAAAUGGGGAGUAUUACUGCAUCGGUUCUGAGGUUGGAAAUUAUCUCCGCCUCUUCCGUGGUUCCUUGUACAAGAAAUACCCUGGCAUGUACCGCCGUACCAUCGCCAAUGAAGAAAGGAAGAAAUUGUUAGAGCUAGGUAGUCCGGGAUUAAGUGCUCACUGCCUCGCAUCAAGUGUAUCUUUGCUCCGCGCGUCAGAGGUUGAAGACAUAAUAGAAGGAAAUGAUGACAAAUAUAAAGCAGUUUCUGUUCAUACCUCAGAGCCUUUAGUUCCAAGAGAUAAUAAAGCCAAAAAAUCAGCGCCAUGGGUACCAUCAUUGCCGAACAGUUCUCAUCUGGAUGCUGUACCUCAAGCAACACCCAUAAAUCGCAAUCGAGUCAAUAUGAAAAAGGUGCGCACGUUCCCACUUUGUUUUGACGAUGCUGAUCCGGUCGCCUUCCACGAGAAUGCAACGCAACAGGAACUACUGGUGCCGAUAAGGCUUGACAUGGAGAUCGAGGGCCAGAAACUUAGAGACACUUUUACAUGGAAUAAAAAUGAAUCAUUGAUUACACCAGAGCAGUUUGCUGAAGUACUAUGUGACGACCUUGAUUUGAAUCCUGUGGUGUUUGUACCUGCUGUAGCUGCAGCCAUUAGGCAGCAAGUUGAUGCAUUUCCAGUAGAAAAUAUUUUUAAAAAUCAGUCUGACCAACGAGUAGUUAUUAAGCUCAACAUCCAUGUUGGGAACACUUCUCUUGUCGAUCAAGUUGAAUGGGACAUGAGCGAAAAAGAAAACUCUCCAGAACAAUUCGCUUUGAAGUUAUGUGCGGAACUUGGUUUAGGAGGAGAAUUUGUCACAGCAAUUGCUUAUUCUAUACGGGGUCAACUCAGCUGGCACCAGAGAACGUACGCCUUCAGUGAAACACCACUACCGGUCAUUGAAGUGCCCUUUAGACCACCAUCAGAGUCAGACCAAUGGUCGCCAUUCUUAGAAACACUCACCGAUGCAGAAAUGGAAAAGAAAAUUCGUGAUCAGGACCGAAACACCCGCCGAAUGCGAAGGUUGGCUAACACCACACCGGGAUUUAAAAAACCUUAAUUUAAAGGAUUAAUUUCAUUUUUUCCUUUGAUCUCGCUCUUUCCUAGCUAGCGCUACAAAUUGAUCAUUCCUAUUUUUUCUCUUUUGCAGCCGAAUGCGCCGUCUGGCAAACACCGGAUCAGGAUGGUGAGUGGAAUAUCCCACCGAUAACUUUAUUGUUGUUGUUUUAACUCAAAGUUGCUUGAACCUGUUGGAUUUUUUAGUUUUUCACACACCUACAGUCGUUUGAUCAAUUUUUUGAUUCAAUCGAAUUAUCUCAUGGAGUAGGUAAUGAUUCUGAAGUCAAAGCUAUUUCUUUUAAACCAUUUUACACUUUAACCUUGUAUUCCGCUAUGAUAUGAGUAGUCAAAUGGUCAAAUUUAAAUAAUGGAAGUAUCAGCCUCAAUGAUUGAAGGGUAGUGAGGAUAUAAAAGUUGAGUAACAAUUUUAAUAAAAUUAUGAUAUUGGGCAUUUCAAGUAAAACUUAUCUCAGGUGAUCCUUUGCAAAGAGCUUUAUUUUUUGCCCGAGUAUUUAGGUCGAAGUGUGUUUGUGCCUCAAGCUUCCUUGUAAUUUUUUUUACUUUUAACACAAAACAAAAAAGAAAAAUAAGUAACUCUGUUACCCGCAAUAUCCUUCGAUCAUCUCAUCUUUUCGCCACUUAAAUCGUGAAGAAAGUCCCAGAGAACCUCAACUUUUUUUAAGAAAAUUUCGUGUAGUUUUAAUCGUAAGGAACUGUUUUCACUCAUUGAUAUUAUUGUAAAAAAAUUUAAUUUCUCAAUCUUUUGAAGACAUGCCUUUACUUGAAAUUGUUUGUCUAGAAUUUUAAAAAUGAAUAAAAAAAUAGCUCCUGAAAAUGGGUUUCUAGUACAAUGCUAAUUGUAAGUUUUCAGGGACCAAUCUGCAAUCAAAAUUAAAUUUUCCUCUUAAAGUUGGAAUGUCUAAAAGACUCUGAUGUAUUGUUGAAUUAUUCAGUUUUGAAAGUCAAUUUUCCUCAGUAGUAGGCACUCAGGAUCUGCACCUACAACUGUAAGGAAAAUGUCUCCAAAAAUAAUAUUAAAGAAUAUUAUUAUUAAUAUUAAUAAUAUUGUCUUUUAACUACAAGAUUAUCACUAAACUAGGAAAAAUAAUUAAUUCAAAAUGGUAGAACAUAAAUGUAAGUAAAUGUUUACAGGUAAAUUUCUGUGUGUUAAAUAAUCAAUAAGAUCUACAAAAACUGUUUAUGACAGGGUAACUUCUUGAAUAGUAAUUGACUCUAAACACCGAUAAAAUCAAACUAAUUACACAUUUUUCAAAUCCUCUUUCCACAGACCUAAAAUUAACAAAAAUUUAAUCUUCCAUGAACAUUUACGAUCAGGAUAUAAUGACAGUGUAAAGGAUACAAAUUCAAAAACCAACCUAUAUUCCUUAUCAUUCAGAAUGAAAAUAGUUAUUCAUGCUCCAUUAAAGUUUAAUUUAGCAUGAUCUUGUCCAAUAAGAGGGUAACUUAAACUCAAAAUAUUCAGUCAACAGUCCUACAUAUCAUUGUAAUCUGAGUAUUGAAAAAAAAAAAAUAUUCCAACAUGAAAUCGAUGUUUGCUUUGUCACCAUUAGCAGAUAGAACAUUUGUAUAAAAGUCAAAAUUUACAUGUUAAUUUUUGUACAGAUUCCUAGCUAUACAUUGUUAUUUUCUUUCUCAAUUUUUCAACAAAAUAUAAAUGCUUCAAUGCAAA